GCCUACUUAAGAAAGCCUGUUUAUGCACAAUUUGUGACUUUGAACAGAUUUUUAGUUCAUUUAUUUUAUGCUACCAACACAACCUCUGGACCAGGAGAGUGUAUGAACCUUCCCCCCUUGAUCAUUGUGCCUCACACAUUGGGCUACUGUAUGUAGCCCAGACCUUUCUAGUGCUAAAUUGACCGUGGCAAUUAGGCUUAACAGCCAAUUGGAACCCAGCAAUUAGCCUAUUGUUCAUUGCCAGAUUAGCCUUAAAGUUUGCAUCUCAGUAAGCAUGCUUUGAUCAGCAGGCCUCAGGUGGUUUACCCAAACAGAUGUAAAAUUCCGUUUUCCUGUCUGCAGUUUUAAAGUUUAUGCUCUCAACUUGUGUCCACAUUUAAAUUGUAAAGAUUGUGUGCGUGCGCGCGUGCGUGUACCUCUGCAGCUCGUGUCAGUAGGCUACGGAAACAGUGUUGAGCGCGAGACCCCUGCUCAUGUUUCCGUUCCCCGUGAAGCCCUUUUUUUUACCGACAGGGCGUUCCGAGAGCUGGAUCAAAAGGUUUUAGAGCCGCUACAAAAGAAAAAUGGAAACUGGAGAUGAUCUUAGAAUGAAUGAAUUGACAAUGAGCACCAGAGCCCCAGGAACCACAACAUUUGUUGGCUUUUUUUUAAUACCCAAACUGGCUUUUGGUCAAAUUUUACUCACCCCAAAUAGGGUGUUUAUUUCUACAGCAUGCUCAUACUUUGAGCCACCGUUGAGGGAUGAAUUGCAGUUAUUCGAGAAAAAAUGAGAGAAAUAACCUAUAUGAUACCUGUCUUACACUUACCAUAUAGUGGCAAUUAAAAGCAUGCCUGUAACAUACUUUCCUCUUUCGGCUGAAACAUCAGAAUCAGGUGGUUUUGGUGGAAAGUUCUGAAUUAAUCAGGCUUAACUGCUCCUAAUGGAAACCAGGAAUAGUCUAUACUAAUGAAGGAGGCAAAUGAACCAUCUUGAAACUCUCCACACACACACACACACACACACACACACACACACACACACACACACACACACACACACACACACACACACACACACACACACCACCCCCACACCCACCCCUCCACAUCUCAGGUAUAGCAUGGACAGGUUAGGAAUUCUGUCCCAUGCAUGUACGUGUGUCUCGCGCUGUCCACGCUCCCUACCUCACUUGCACGUGCGUCCUGUGGGAGGGUCCCCUUACCUCCCUUUGCGUUAAACAGCCGUCCGGUGGUAACGUUAUCAUAAACAGUUCGGGGCUUCGGGGGGCCGUAAUCAUCUCUCUCGGGCUUAACCGAGACUUCUCAUUGGACGUCAACACGCGACCAGCGCGAGGAGGGGGGCUUCCAGACGCGUGCCGCUUUUUAAACCGACGCCGCGCCUCGAGACACCAGAGAAGGAGUCCCGCACGCGACAAGUCAUAUUCAACACAGUACGACAGCAGAGCAGCAGCGCGCGCCUCCUAGAACUUUUCAUUCCCCAAUUUUCUUCGGAAACAGUUGUUUUGUUUGGAGGGAAAGAAACAUGGAUGUCCUAACUGUUGAAAACUGGGGCAAAAGCGCACGGGAGGCGGCAGCCCUGGAUUCGCGGCGGCAGCAGCAGCAGCAGCAUCACGGCUGCGGAAGCCCGGGAGCGGCGGACAGAGAGAAGCAGCUCGGGCUGACGCUCGUGGACAGCGGCAGUGACCCACGCGCCUGGCUGGCUCCGUCUUCCGGCACCUGCGCGGCACACGCCACUUCACCCGAAUACCUGCGGCACUCGCCCUGCCCGAGCACCGGCUCCUAUCACGAGAGCAGCUCCCCGGGGUCUUCAGGCCAUCCCAGCCCUCCCAGCUACAGAAAAUCAGCCAAGAACCCCACCUCUUCCUCGCUCAAAGUCAGGGACCUGUGCCGCCUUAAAGGCACGAUCACUGGGCCCGAAGAGGAGGCCUCCAUGAGACAGAGAGCCCCGUCCAGCAAACCGGUCAACGGGAUCCAGAGGCAGAGGCGUGUAGCCGCGAACGCACGCGAGAGGAGGCGCAUGCACGGACUGAACCACGCGUUUGACGAGCUGCGCAGCGUCAUUCCAGCGUUUGACAACGACAAGAAGCUCUCCAAGUAUGAAACUUUGCAGAUGGCGCAGAUUUACAUCAACGCCCUGGCUGAGUUGCUACAGGGUCCAGUCUCCUCCUCCUCCAGCAGCAGCAGUAGCAGCAACGACAUCUCCAACAAUAACAAUUCGCCAAAGUGUGACAUUAUGCUUUCAUCUGCGGUUGGCUUCGACGGGGCGAAGGACAGAGCUGCACCGUCUCCCACCACCUGCAGGACGGCGGCGGGUGUCUCAGGUGGCAGCUUACCUGUUCACCUUAGCGGGAUGCCUUUCCGGUCUUCCUUCGACGAGAGUUCGUUUUCGGCCAGAGUUGAAAAAGCGAUGUGUUCGCCCUCUCCUUCGUCCUCCUCCACCCGGGCAGGCAGCUCGCAGUUCGAGAACGAAAGGAAAGAGUCUCCCCGGAGCGACGGAGAGUUUUCCCCGCACUCCCACUUCAGUGACUCGGAUGAAAUAGCGAUGGAGCUUCACUCAAGUGAAGAAGACGACCUGUCAGAACUCAAGCUACCCACCCACCAUCACCACGCUGUUUCUUUUUAAAUAAUUAUAAAUCAAUCUAACAGACUACAUUAAAGCUUCACUGUAGCCUACAGCUAAAUGAUGUCCAUAAACCGUGUCAAUCAUCCUCCCGGGCCUGCACCUGUCUGUUGCUGACAAAAUACAUUUUUAAGAAGAAUGAAUUGCUUUUUCAGAAAAAAAAGUCAUUCAGUUUUUAACAAUAAUUCUAUUUUACAUUGUCUAAAGCUUAUUUUUUAUGUGAGAUAGGCCUAAUUCGGUUCUGCCAAUACAUUUAUAUCCUAUAAUUUCCAGUUUCCAUGGAGACGUGGCUGGAAGACCCCUCUGCCAUGUCGCAUGUAGCACUGCCAUGGGUAUUUCCCACGUCUCUCCAACCAAAAAAGCUGUCUUCCACAAAAACACAUGGAUAACUACUUAUAUUUGAUAAUGUAAAGACAUGUUUUUGUAGCUCUGAUAUGAGUUUUGUUGUGAUUUAUGUUUUUAAUUGAGAAUUUGUUUGUAUAGGCUAAUGUAUUUUUUUUUGCAACUUAAAAAGUUCAUAAUGUGCACUUUAAAAUAUACGAGCCAGAGGCUUCAGAAACGAGACUUUUUUUUCAUACCAUAAACAAUAUAGUUUUUCUUUGUUUGCUAGUGUAGGACUGCCAAUUCCAUACAAAUAGCCUAUUUAAUGUAGCCAUCAUUGCUGCCUUCUUUUGUAUUUUCUUUUGUAUCUUCAGAUGUGUGUUUUUUUUUCUUUCACUGGAUGAGAUUAAUUGGUGUAUGUAAUGUAUUUAUUGCUGAUAUGUUUCAUUUGAUUUGCUUUUUAUAACUUCAUAGUUAAAGUUGCUGGAAAAAAGCAAUCAUUUUUGCCAUUCUUUAUGUUCAUUUGAUUUUGAGAAUAAAAAAGG